AUGUUAGACCUGACCGACAAGGUCGUCCUAAUCACCGGACUCGGCCAGACCGCGCCGUUCCCCGAAACCGAGGAAAAAGGGUCCUGGGGCAUCGGCGCCGCGCUGGCAACGCUCUUUGCGCGGCGCGGCGCACUCAUCUUUGGCGGAAACAGAUCACUCUCAUCGGCGGAGCGCACAAAGGCGCGGAUUGAUUCUGAAAGCAUCAGUAAUAAUAAUAAUAAUAAUGAGAACAACAAAAAUAGAAGCGUGUGCGAUGUCAUGGUGGCCGACCUCACCGACGCAGCCUCGGUCAAGGCGCUGGUCGACGCCUGCAUGGCCAAACACGGGCGCAUCGAUAUUCUUAUCAACAACGUCGGUCGCUCAGAGCCUGGAUGCCCGGCGACCAUGGCCGAGGACGUGUGGGACGCGCAGGUCGAUAUCAAUCUGAAAAGUGUGUAUCUGACCUGCCACCACGUGCUGCCGAUUAUGGAAAGACAGGCCACGGGCGGCGCCAUUAUCAAUGUCUCAUCGAUCGCCGGGCUGCGGUAUAUCGGCAAGCCUCAGGUUGCGUACAAUGCGACCAAGGCGGCUAUUAUCCAGUUCACAAAGGCUACCGCGGUCAUCUAUGCGGCAAAGGGUGUUCGGCUGAAUACGGUGGUGCCGGGGCUGAUAUAUACGCCGUAUACGAAGGCUUUGGCAAAGCGGUUUGCCGGCGAGUCAAUGUUGGAAGAGGAGUAUAUGCGUAUCCGUGAUGAGCAGGUUCCGAUGAAGAUGAUGGGCGACGCAUGGGACGUAGCCAAUGCGGCCUUGUUCUUGGCUAGUGAUGAGGCGCGGUAUGUCACCGGGCAGGAGAUUGUGGUCGAUGGGGGAAUCACCGGCUCGACGGGGAGAACGUGA